AUUUUUAUCAUUGAAAACAUAAAAUAAUAAUAAUAGAUAGUAGUUGAGCUGAAUUUGAAUUUGUAUUCUGCAUUGUACGAAUACAAUUUAUUUAAAUUUAUCGUUUUUGUAUACAUUUUAAAUAUGGUCGAAGCUCAUAGCAUUAAUGCGGAACACAAAGACUUAAUACACGAUGUUGCAUUUGAUUAUUACGGAGAAAGAAUGGCAACAUGUUCAACAGACCAGUUUGUUAAGGUAAAUAUAUGGAUUAAUAUGAAUAUUAAUUAAUUUAACAAUUGUGUACUUACUUGACUCCUUAUAAUAUUUUGAUUUAUAGGUUUGGGACCAAGAUGAACAAGGAACUUGGAAUUUGUCUGCUAGCUGGAAAGCACACUGUGGGUCAGUUUGGAAAGUGACUUGGGCACAUCCAGAAUUUGGUCAAAUAUUGGCGACAUGUUCGUUUGAUCGUACUGCGGCUAUUUGGGAAGAAAUAAGUAAUUAUUAUAGCAUUAUAUAUUAUGAAAUAUAUUGCAGUAAAUACCUGGAAUUAUUUAGAAUGAAAAUUGAAUAAAACACAUGUGUUUAUACAUAGGUUUUAUUGUUAUAUUCUGGAUUAGGGUAAUAUUUCAGACCGGAAAAUUUUUUUUGGCUUGCCAGUAGAUUAAUGAUAAUACUUUUGUUAUAUACACAUAACACAUAAAAAAAAAACUUACCAUAAGUUAUUACUACUAGUACUUAGGUAUUACUAUUUCUUCAUUUACCUAUAUGAAGACAACAUUUUUUGCUUCAUAAAAAUAUUCAAAAAUUGUAUACAAGGAUUUAUCAUAUGGUAAAACUAGUUUCUAUCAGUUAUACUUACUUUUAGUAAACAAACAUAAACAAAAAAUAAUAAUUUAGCAAUUUAUUCUCAAAUUCGUGACAAUAUUCCUUAAAAACAAACAAAAAAACUUAUUUGUAUAUUGUAAAUAUCAUGUCUUGAAUGGGAUAAUAAUUGUAUAGUUAAACUUUCAAAUCUCUGCGAUUAUUUUUCACUCAGUUAACAAAAAAACAAAUUUGAAUAAACAGAAAUUAUUAUUACUUAAUUGUUUGUAGAUAAUCGAUAGUUUUUUCACAUUUACCCAAUGUGUAAAUCCUACUGAUUUUAUUUUUAUGAAAUAAUUAUUAUUAUUACCUUUAUAAGUAAAUUAAUAUUGCCUAUUGUAAGGUUGCAUUUAAAAACUAGGUAAUUUUUUAUAAAUUAUGUAAACAUUUUGUAAUUUUAAAAUAAAAUACUAUUGCAUUAAUGUUGUGGCUUUUAUUAUAAAUUAUUAAUUAUGAACACUGUUAUGUUGGUAAAUUCUAGUUCCAACUGAUUUCGGAUAAUUAUUAUAGAAUUACAUUUAAACAUAAUAUAUUUACCUUGAAAUAUUGAUAACUAAUAUUUUAUAGUGGGUGAAAGUACUGAAGGUGGUACAUUACUACGACAUUGGGUGCGUAGGGCAAACCUAGUGGAUUCUCGUACAUCUGUAACUGAUGUAAAAUUUGGUCCGAAAUCAUUUGGAUUAAUUUUAGCAACAUGUUCAGCUGAUGGGGUAAUGCGAAUUUAUGAAGCUCCAGAUUCAAUGAAUCUUGCUCAAUGGCCUUUACAACAUGAAGUAUCAUUAAAAACCCCAAGUAGUUGUCUUACAUGGAAUCCUUUAUUAUCUACGUAAUAAUUUUUAAUAUUCUUUUACUUUAGUUAGGGAAUUAGUAUUUAAAAAUGUAUAUUACUUGCCUAAUAUUUCAGUUUUAGAAUGCCGAAUGCUAUGAUAGCUGUUGGUAGUGAUGAUAAUUCUAAUACUACAAAUAGCAAACUAUUUAUAUGUGAGUAUAAUGAAGUGUCUAGAAAAUGGGCAAAAACUGAAUCUAUUGCUAGUGUUACUCAUCCAGUACAUGAUAUGAUAUUUGCACCAAAUAUGGGACGGUCAUUUUAUUUGUUGGCUAUUGCUACAAACAAUAUUCGCAUAUUAAAACUCAAGCCCAUUACGUAUGUAAUAUAUAUAAAACUUUAUUUUUGACAAAUUGUUUAAUAUUUAAGUGUGUGUACAUAAUGUUUUAAUUUCAUUAUAUUUUAUACAGGGAUACUACCACUGGUUUUCCCUACACUGUUGAAACAGCAGCUGAAUUUAAUGAUCAUUUAUGUACAGUCUGGCGUGUUGCAUGGAAUAUAACGGGCACUGUCUUGGCAUCAUCGGGUGAUGAUGGCUGUGUAAGAUUAUGGAAAGGUAAGCUUGAAUUAGUAUUAAUUGUAAUUUUCAAUCUUAUCUCAUAAAUUUAAUGUUGUAUUAGUUAAAAAUAAAUCUAAUAUAUUGCUUUUAAACAUGCUUACUAUAUUGCUUGUUUUCUAGCUACUAUUGAUACUUGGAAAUGUGUUGGGGUUUUAAAACGUGAUGGAAAGUUGCCACAACCACAAUCAAAAUCAAGUCAAUCAACAACUCAAAAUAAUUUAACAAGGUUCUUCAAACUUGGUCAAAUAACUCAUCCUAGUGAAGUACAUUGGCAUUAAUAUAUAUAUUUUUAGUUAUUAUAUUUUUGUAUAUA